CCCUGCGCCCGGGGCCCGGGCCCAGCCCCGCCGCGCUAUGCCUGAGUCGGGUGCGCCCCGGCCCGCGCCGCGCCGCCGCCCCCCGGCCCCCGCAUCGCCCCGCAGCCCGGGCCGCAGCCUGUGCCGUCCGCAGCGGCCCUAAGCCCGGCCCAGCCGCCCGGCCCUAGGAGCCUGCACGCUGCCCCGGGACGAAGGCGCAGGAAGCGCGCAGGGAACGAGAUCUAAGGAAGAAGCGGGAAGGAGAGCGCAGCCGCCGCCGGGCCCUGCGCGCCCCGGGAGCGCCGCGCGGCCCUGCCCGCGGGCUCCUGGUGUCCGCGGGGCGGCGCCGCGGAACAUGACGGCGCCCUGGGCGGCCCUCGCCCUCCUCUGGGGAUCGCUGUGCGCGGGUUCCGGGCGCGGGGAGGCCGAGACGCGGGAGUGCAUCUACUACAACGCCAACUGGGAGCUGGAGCGCACCAACCAGAGCGGCCUGGAGCGCUGCGAGGGCGAGCAGGACAAGCGGCUGCACUGCUACGCCUCCUGGCGCAACAGCUCGGGCACCAUCGAGCUGGUCAAGAAGGGCUGCUGGCUGGACGACUUCAACUGCUACGACAGGCAGGAGUGUGUGGCCACCGAGGAGAACCCCCAGGUGUACUUCUGCUGCUGCGAAGGGAACUUCUGCAACGAGCGCUUCACCCACCUGCCCGAGGCGGGGGGCCCGGAAGUCAUGUACGAGCCACCCCCGACAGCCCCCACCCUGCUCACUGUGCUGGCCUACUCACUGCUGCCCAUCGGGGGCCUCUCCCUCAUUGUCCUGCUGGCCUUCUGGAUAUACCGGCAUCGCAAGCCCCCCUACGGCCACGUGGACAUCCAUGAGGAUCCUGGACCUCCACCCCCGUCCCCUCUGGUGGGCCUGAAGCCACUGCAGCUGCUGGAGAUCAAGGCUCGGGGGCGCUUUGGCUGUGUCUGGAAGGCACAGCUCAUGAAUGACUUCGUGGCUGUCAAGAUCUUCCCGCUCCAGGACAAGCAGUCGUGGCAGAGCGAGCGGGAGAUCUUCAGCACCCCUGGCAUGAAGCACGAGAACCUGCUGCAGUUCAUUGCUGCUGAGAAGCGAGGUUCCAACCUGGAGGUGGAGCUGUGGCUCAUCACGGCCUUCCAUGACAAGGGCUCCCUCACGGAUUACCUCAAGGGGAACAUCAUCACGUGGAAUGAAUUGUGUCACGUGGCAGAGACAAUGUCAAGAGGCCUCUCAUACCUACACGAGGACGUGCCCUGGUGCCGUGGCGAGGGCCACAAGCCAUCUAUUGCCCACAGGGACUUUAAAAGCAAGAAUGUAUUGCUGAAGAGUGACCUCACGGCUGUGCUGGCUGACUUUGGCCUGGCUGUGCGGUUUGAGCCAGGGAAACCUCCAGGGGACACUCAUGGGCAGGUGGGCACGCGGCGGUACAUGGCUCCUGAGGUGCUUGAGGGAGCCAUCAACUUCCAGAGAGACGCCUUUCUGCGCAUUGACAUGUAUGCCAUGGGGCUGGUGCUGUGGGAGCUCGUGUCCCGUUGCAAGGCUGCGGAUGGACCUGUGGACGAGUACAUGCUGCCUUUUGAGGAAGAGAUCGGCCAGCACCCAUCACUGGAGGAGCUGCAGGAGGUGGUUGUGCACAAGAAGAUGCGGCCAGCCAUCAAGGAUCACUGGCUGAAACACCCGGGCCUGGCCCAGCUCUGCGUAACCAUCGAGGAGUGCUGGGACCACGACGCAGAGGCUCGCCUGUCCGCGGGCUGCGUGGAGGAGCGGGUGUCCCUGAUCCGGAGGUCGGUCAACGGCACUACCUCGGACUGUCUUGUCUCCCUGGUGACCUCCGUCACCAACGUGGACCUGCCCCCUAAAGAGUCGAGCAUCUAAGCCCAGGACAUGAUUGGAUCUCCGGACUCAGUGGAUCUGAAGAGGAAAAGAAAAAAAAAAAAAAGUCGUGUUUUGUUUUGGAAAUCCCAUAAUACCAACAAACACAUAAAAUGCAGCUGCUAUUUUACCUUGACUUAUUAUUAUUAUUAUAAUUAUUAUAAUUAUUAUUAUUAAUAUUAUUUUUUGGAUUGGAUCAGUUUUUACCAGCACAUUGCUCUACUGUAUCGCAAACAGCGGACUCGUCAGCAGGCGUUGAGGUGCUGAGCUGUGAAUGCAGAACCAGCGCCGCGCUGAGAAGCCUCGGCCACCUCCCGCCCCUCCCGUUUUCUCUCUGUUUGUGUUCUCAGAAUCUGUGACACAAACCCAUCUCCUGUCUUAGGAAACUUAAUGCUGCAAACUCUACCUAGAGGAACCUUUGAAGACUGUUACAUAAGAACACAUCUUCCUCAAAAGAGGACUUGCCCUCUGCCCUCGCCCCCCCCUUCCUGCUCCCUCCCUCUUACUGUGUUUUUCUCCCUUUUUAGACAGUGAGUUUAAGAAACAGCAGAUGAGUCUUUCACGGAGUAACGGGUGUUGUCCUGACGGAGGAGAAACUAGGAUGAGGAUGAUUUGGACUGGAGUUGGAAGGGGAGGACAGAGCUGGGGGUGGGGUUUGGAGCAGAGCUACACUGGACUCGGGCACGUUCGGAGCAACAUCCUUUGCUGUGAGACUACUUCUCAGGUAACCAGGAAUCGAGGGGAAGGCUGGCGUGGAGGCCAAGCAAGAGCGGGGUCUGGAGAAAGUCUGUAAUCAGGUGUGGCUCUGAUCCAUCUGUUGGCCCUGAACAGUUUUUCCCACUAACUUGGGCUUGGGUACAGGACAGAACGUUUCUUCUGCCCUGAUUUUAAGGCUAGGUAAGGGUGGGAGUCAUCACGGUUUACUGAGUAUGUUUAUUUUAAGACAUGAUACUGUAAGUAUCUUUAAUGGAGGAGAAGUUGAAAUACAUGCAUUGCUUCCUCCUGGAGCAGUUCAGGGAAAUCCCCACGGCGGGGCGCCCUCCACGGCGGGGACUGCGAGGGUUUCCUGGGUGGCGCCUGCCAAGGCCUGCCUGUCUAAGAGACCCCCAGCGUCCCGCAGCGCUGGCUCUGCCCUGUGCGGUGGCAGUACUGUCCCUUCAUGUGGCUUGUAGGUGACACAGCUUUCUCCAGACCCCUUAAAUAGGUGCAUAUUCUAAAACCCGUUUCUCUGUUAUGCCGUGACCUUGCUCUAGUCAGUGAAUGUUCCUAAUGCUGCUGUUUCAACAUUUGAAAUUUUUUAAUUUAUGAAACAUGCGAAUUUUUUUAAAAAACAACACACACAUUCACACACACACACACACACACACACACACACACACACACACACACACACACACACACACACACACACACACACACACACACACACACACACACACACACACGCUUUGCUAUGUGGCUUCCGAGGUUUAAAUUUUGAAAAGUAAAAGAAUUAAAACUUCACGACCACAGACCACCUCAAACCAGAAAUACCUCAGAAUUUUCUACUUGUGUAAGUUUUAUUAUAUAUUUUAUUAGUUGUGUUGUCUUGUAGUACGUAUAUUUUAAUGUAAGUUGGCUUUUAUGACAAGAAAGCUUAAAAGAAAUAGAGAAAAAGAAAAAAACCUUUUGAGUCUUCUAGGGAGUGCUACCGUGUUGCUUUGAUAACGCCCGCUUGUAAAUAAUUGUCAUCAGCUCUAGGUUGGCUGUCUGGGCAUUCAUCACUCUUCUUUGUGAAGGCUUUUCCUUCCGGUUUCUUUUGACCAUUUCAUUUGAGAACUGGAUCUCUUAACCUUGAGGGUAGGUGAGUUGGUAGUUGACGGGCAGCGGCUGACUUGGGUGAGAGUGGGAGAGGGGGCGCCUCCUCUCGAGUUCCUGGAGGUUCUGCUGUUUCCCUCGACGUGAUCGGUCAUUGUUGGGAAUGACGGGUGACCCCACUUUAACUUGCUGUAACUGAGGCCCCUAGACCCACAGGAGGUAGUUGUACUUGAGAUGGACUUCCUUAAGCGGAUGAGCAGCAGUGAUGUUGGACUUGGUCCACGGGGCUCUGCGGCCCCCACUGCCCGGCGAGGGCGGCGUGUCUGGGCGGCGGGGCCGUGUCCUCGUCUCCGUGGGUUUGUGCUCCGGGUGCUGUGGGAGGCGAGUCUGCUUCUCCCCCACAGCUCAGUCUUUGCUUCAUGGGUCAAGAUGUGAGCCGGCCAGGGUGGCUACAGGGACAGGUUUUUGUUUUUGUUUUUAUGGUAAGUUAUUUGACUUUUUCUUCGUCUUUUUCUUUUUUUUUUUUAAGCUAUUUUGUGCUGUGGUAUUUUUCUUCCCUUGGGAUAAUUUUUAACAGCAAAACAGGCCUUACAGCAGUUGCUUUUCUUUUCCACUUAUUUCUUUCCAAAGCUUUAAAAUAUUUAUUGAAAAGUGCCAUAUCUGAUUUCUCCAGCUUUCUCCUCAGGCAGGGUGGGGCAUCUCUACUUUUCAACCCUCAGAAGAAACAAAUAAACCACUAACAAAUGUAGCUAGUUCACUACAGGAAUGUUCAGAUCCCUGAACCUCCCCCCGGGUGUGCAAUGCGGAGCCCGAGCCUCCCUGUCUGGUUUUAGAUCUCCUCUGGGCAGGGUUUCUUCUGUGUACUGGCUUGGCUCUUGUGAGAACAGGUGCUGGCCUGGCUAGGGUGGGCUGUGCCGAGGCCCUGCGGUGGGACCUGCGGGCCUUUUGUCCCGGGGGCUCCCCCUGUGCUGACCCUGUGCUCAGCCACUGUCGCGUCCUUUGGUGCCUUGGCGCCAGGAUGGCCCCUGAGUGGUGUGGCCGGGCAGAGCGGAGGGUGCAGGAGUGCCAGUUCUUUGGGCUUCUGGCUGCCCUUCCCCCGCGUGCUGUGCUGAGCAUCCCUGACUCUGCUCAUGGCCAGGAGAAGGUGGCAUCUCUUUCCAGGGCAUGUCAUGGGGGUCUGGGUGGGUCUUUUGCCUCUGAGAAAGUGUUGUAUGAUUUGCUGUCGUGUAUUCUCUGGGGAGUGGACCAUCUAGCGCUCUGGUUUAUGUUUAUUGGGUUGUAGGGCCUCUCCCUGUGCUCUUCACAAAGAUUUCAUGCGGUCUCCACUUCGGGGAGCUCAGGUCACUGUUACUUUUUUUCUUUUUCCCUCCAAGCUCUGUGGGAGACUGGUGGGAAUGGAGUCUGGCAUGGUUUUCCCUGCCUCUUCCAGGGUGGGAGGGUGGCCAAAUCAAGGGACAGAAGUGGCCCAGGAUCCCUGCCCCUUCCUUCCUAGUGUGCUGUCAUGCAGGCAGGCUCCUGGCUGUGGGGCGGACUUUAGGGGGAGAAUGUGUUCUGGUUGAAGACACCCAUGAUCACUGCGGGAAGAUGUCCCUAGCCAGGGAGAUCCAAGAGUGAGCAAGGGAAGGAGGAACCAUAUGGGGACAGAGUCCACUGUGUCACAUGGACCUGCAGAGGACUCUUAAUGAUAGAUGGCCAGGGAAGGCCAUGGACAUAGUCAUUAGAGCAUCCUGGGCCUAGCAUAAGCCUGGUUUCCUCCUGGGGCCAUUGGUCCCCACCAGGAGUCCUCCUUUGAUUGAGUUACUUGGGGCUGAGCAUGGAUGGUUCUUAGGAGAAAGGGAGAGCGAGCUGUGCAGAGACGUGGUGAGACAUACCUGGUGUCCAGCAUGGCCUUCCUGUCCUGUUGGCUCUCAGUAGGUACAUGGAGGGAUCGAUCCUGCUGGGGAGGCUUCCCCAUCCGUGCCAGCUGCUUCUGACUGAGAAUUCACCGUGUCCGGACUUGGGGGCAUGUCUACAGAACAAAAAAGACCUUGUCCAGCCUUGAACAUCCUCAGAUGCUUGAGCCCCACACUCACAGGUUCUCAGCCAAAGGGAAAGGUCUGUCAUUUCCAGGCCACUGAGAUGGCUCUUCCCCUGCCCUGCCCUGGGGGCCAGGCCAGCCCUCUGUCCUGGCUUGUUGUGCUUCAGAAAGCUAAGCAGGUGGUCCCACAGUUCUGCUCUGCCACCUUUCUCUCCAGCUGGCCACCUCCUUGCUCCCUGCUACCCUGCCACUCGACAUCUGGUGCUGGGGGUGUGGUGUUUUUUAGUGGCGAGCCUAGCUGUGUGUUGAGUGUCUACCACAUGCUGUGUGUGGCUCGGAAAGCCUGUCACUUGGCCCCUGUGCCGUGAGCCUUGAGGGCAGGUAGGCGGCUUUUCCAUCUUGGGUGGGAGGACUGGGUGACCCUCUUGCAAAUGGAAUUUUGCUUUUUUAAGAACGCAGUGUAAAGUUCGCAGCACCUAUUGGUGAUACAAAUAUUCGAUGUUUUUUUUUAAAUAUGUAGUAAGCAUACAUAUGUAAGUGUUUAGGAUUGGUACUAGGAGUUGAACAGCCAGGCAUUAUUCUGGAGAACUUGGCUCACUAGAAAAAUAUCUAAACUGGAAAGCAUUUUCCAGGAGUAAACUCAGUUUGAUUGUCAGUCCCAGCUAUUUCAAUAGCUGGUUGGGUCCUGAAUCUUUAGAGAGACAGCCAGGCCUGGUUCACAGUUCUGGGGCCCCAGACCAAAAGCAGCACAGUGAAUUGACUCUACCCCCUGUCCAGGGCAAGCAGCUGGAAAGGGAAGAGGGCAAGGUGGCUUUCUCUCCUCAUGCGGGUGACUUGAAUUCUCCUAGGUCUGUAGCUGUCUACAAAAGCUGAACUAAUAAAAUACUCUGCAGCUGAUGUGUUCAGCCUAGUAAUGAUGGGUUUAUGUUUCAGUCAAGAGUAAUGUUUUAGGUAAAGAAAUAGGCCCAGUAAUUCAGUUGAUGAACUGUUUUAUCUUCUCAGUCUAGAUUUGUAAACAUUUAAUGAAUUCAGGGUUAUAGGCAUAGUUUUUAAGUAAGAUUCCCAGUAGUUAAUUUGUAACCAGCAGUCUACUUAUGAAUGUGUCCCAAACCUUUAAGAGGCUUGGGGAUGUUUUUUAAGAUGAUGAUUUAGUUUUGUAGCAAAAAGAAAUAGAAGUUUAAAACACACUCUUCCCCUUGGAAAUUAAUUCAUUUGACUCGGCCAAUUUUUAAAAACAAUUGGAGUUGGCCCCUCCAUAUCUACGUAUUCCUCAUUUGCAGGUUCAACUGACCUCGGGUCAAAAAUAUUAGGGGAAAAAAAAUUGUAGAAAGUUCUAAAAAUAAAAACUUGAAUUUGCCACCCACUGGCAACUAUUGAUGUAGUAUUUACAACUACUUACAUAGCAUUUAUAUUUUAGUAGGUAUUAUAAGUAAUGUGAGAUGACUUAAAGCAUAUGGGAGGGUUUGCAGAGGCUAUAUGCAAAUACUACAUACACCAUUUUACAUAAGAGGCUUGAACAUCUUGGAUUUCGGGUCCCAUCCUCCACCCCCCUACUCAGGUCCCAAUACAGAGGGAUGACAGUAGUGGGUCCAGGAGACCUGUAAACUAUCAAGUAAAACUCCAAAUUAUCUAGUGGGAUAUUUUGAAUAUUCUUAUUUUAUACUCAUUUUGGGUCCAUUGUAAACUUUGGUUUGGACAAGAUUUUAAACUUAAAGGAUUUACCCCACUGUUUAGAUUUUUACCAAGCUUUUACAUUUUCGUGACGGUCUCUUCCAGGUAUGACUAAAGCAGGACUCCCUGAUAGUGGUACUCCGUGCAUCCCUGUAGUGCCAAACCCAGCGAUGUUUUAUUUGCUCCUAUGGCAGCUCGUAACGAUAACACAACUUUUCCCCUCAUGAAUUAAAACGUGUAUUCCCUAAACGCCAGCAUGUGGAGAUGGGCACUGUGCUGCCCUUUUUUCUCCAGGAAUGUCUUUGGAUUGUCUAGGGCCCAGGCAGUUCUGAGAACUACUGCAAGCCACCUACAAGACACUAAAGAAACACACACGUGGACACAGGUGUGUGCGCGAUGGAUUCUACAGACGUGGGCUCUUCUGUCCAUCUAUGGAAAAGUGUUACAUUCAUUUGCAGAGUUUACAUUUUUAGGCUCACAGUUAUGAAAAAUAUGACCCAUUAGCUAAUGCUUUUCAGGCAGGUGAGGAUGGGUGUCUCCCCCCCCCCCCCAAAUGUGGAGUUCUGUCCUGAGUCUUGGGAAUUUCUGUUGGUUGGCGUGGACUCCUCCCCUGAUUCUCCCAAUCACGUUUGCGUUGAAAUGUUGUUAGGUAGCUUUGUAAAUAAAAGAAUAGGUUAUAUAAUAGAGUUAUGACACUUGAAAUUUUACUUUGAAAAAUCUAUAGCACUACAUAUAUAUUUAGUUAUAUCACCUGACAGAUUUUCCUGCACAGUGUGGAGAUUGUUUUAUACCACAGAUUAUUUUUAUAAAGUCUAGUGAGUUUGAAUAAGGAUGCUUUUGUAAUCAGAGUAACGAGCUUUAGCUUUCAAGAUAAACGUACACUGGAGUGUGAGUGGUGUGGAGCUUUUACUUGGUGCUCUUGGGUUCCCGUUGACACACUGGUGAUGACAGUCCAUCCAGGGGUCUUGUUUGGCCAAAACUACUUGUGGCUGUCUGCACAGGACAGUCUGCACAGGAGGUGGGUGCUUGGUCCUGUUCCUUUCAGACCAGAAGCAGAGGGCUGGGGAGAGGCAAGAGGAGCCUGCAGUGUGUUUUACGUUCGUGCUUCCUCCUGAUAUUCCUUGUGAACAAAGGGUUCUGAGGUUAAUCAUUAAAGUUACCGUCACGGAUGUAGUAGUGUGAGGUGUUUUGGGGAACAGAAGUUGUAUGGGGUGCAGAUGGUUGGGACUAGAAUAAGAUUCAGGCUUCAGACAUUUGAAAUGGGAAUUUGGUGAUUUGAGAAGUCUACCGAACGGGGUUAUCUAGGACCAAAUUGUCCAGGUUUCAGGACAGAAUUUCUGGUUGAGUAAUUCUUGGAAAUGGGGGAGGGUGGUGUGUGGACGUAGCGGUCACAUUUAGCGGAGAGUGGCCAGGUCCAUCUUGUCUUCUGUGUCAGGGCUGUUUGGAGGUGAGGGGCUGGCUUGACCCGCUGUUUUAGUCUAGCGAGUAACCCAGGAGCCCGCUGAGGAAGCUCAAACCCUGUCCCAGCAGGAUACCUUUCCAGGGUAUGCAGGGUUCCUGCUCUUCCCGCAAAGGUCGUUGUCACUGCCCUUGUGUGGAAGGAGGUCUUCACGUUAGCCUUUUUAAUUUUGUGUGAAGAGUAGUUGGUUUUUCAGGUGAACUUCCUUGCUGGGGGUGUACAGGAAGUGAAUCGUGAAGCAGAUUCUCUGUACCUGUAAUUGCUGAAGCCCUGUCCCCAGACCCUGCCUGCUGGCUUCAGCUGCUGCGUUCAGAGGUGCACUGGUUGGGACAGUGAUGUCAGGAGAGUCCCUCACGUGUCCUGUGAAACCAGCUGUGCUUUUUACCCGGUGUGACUGAGAGUAAAGUUUUACACUACCCCUUUUAUACUUGAAUGAAUUCGGUUUCGGCAGAUCCAGGAGCACUCCGGGAACCAAACAUCGGUCCUUUCCUGUCCCCAUAAAAGAACGUUUCUCUGCUCUCCAGCCACAUGUCUUGGAAUGUAAUUCUGUUGUGCCUUUGUUUUUUGUCACCUGCCUCCCCCCAAAAGCAACUGCUGUAAGCUUUUUUCUACUUGUCUUUUCUAGCCUGAACCCCCACCUUUUUCCUUUUUCCCAGCUGUAUUUUCUGGAUGCAGUUCUGUGCUCCAGGUGUUUUAAGAACCAGUUACCUCAGACCUCGUGUUGAACAGUGUCACCAUCUGGGUCCUCUCGAAACUGCAGGCUUGUGAUACACAUGCACAGGAACCCUGCCGAGUAUGGGUACUUAUUUGUUUUCAAGUAAAACUCUUCCCAAGGAUUGCAAAGGGGGCUUCUGGCAAGCUCUUCACAGCCUUGUGGUGGGAUGGGUCUAGAGUGUCAUCUGAACGGUGCUUCCCGUGGUCCUCUGAAUUUUCAGUAUUCUCGUGUCUGAAUAGGCAAAGUGAUUCAACUGGCUGGUCUUGUCCACAAUUGAGUUCCGAAAAUGAGCUCUUUGUAACAUAUUUCCAGUCGCUAAAGCUCAAAUGUAGAACAUUCCCUUAAAUGGCAGGCUUGAAACUCCCCCCCCCAUCCACCACAGUGCAUUUUGGGAAGAUGUCUGUAGCAUAUGUUGCUGUGAAAUCAGGCCUUGCGGGAUAUGGUUAUUUGUCAUUUUGAUGUAUUUUAAAUAAAUAUAUAUAUAUAUUUUUUAAAGAGCCUUUUUUACCAGUUCAGAAAGUUUAACCAGCAGUUGCCACAUCAGAAGUUUCGUCUCUGGGGCACAGAUGGCAGACCAAGGUUGAAGUGGUAACUCGGUCCCAUGAGCGUGGGCUGCCCGCCUGGGCUGUCCUGCGGACCGUGGGGUCCAGGGUCAGUGUGUCUCCUUGGGUCCCCACUCAGCCCCCGACGUGUUCGGUCUCUGUGUUGUUCAGCGGGCUGUUGACCUCAGUCCGUUCAAGUGCUUUAGUCCAACUGAGAUUUCCUCAGAGCACUGCCACAAGUUAAGUGUACGUUUAGCCAAAUAAUUUCUCCGUGAGGGAAAAACGCGCUCGUCCAAAUUUGACCAGUGAUGACAGAGAUGAGAGUAGGAAAGAGUAGGCGUCAGCUGGAUUUUGAUUUGGAAGGUAUCCAAGUCAUUGUCAAAGGCUGUCUGAGAGCCAGCGGCCAUACAGAUUAUCUGGAGAUCUCAUCUGGAGUAUGAGGACCUCCCGUGAGGGGAGGAAUUGUUAAAAUGGCGGCGUCUUUUCCCUCCACCCCCCACCUUUUUGAAACUAGAAUUCUGUAAAAAUGCAAAGAAAGUUGAGUAGUACUUGAGAAUUGGGGGUGAGGGUUACCGCAGAUGAGAAACAUACUUCUAGAUCUCAGUUCCACGCCACAAAUCCACACGCCAUUUUUCAACUGUACAAAAGAAUCUGCUUAUGAAUUUGACAUGAUCUUAAUGGUAGCAUCAAAGGCCGAAUUUUUCACGUGUUACUAUUUUGCCACAUUUGUCCUUGAAUCUGAAUAACUUCAUACAGUACUGUAAAUUUAACUUAUGUUGAGUUUGAUGUCAAUUCUUGUGAAAAGAGCUUCUGCAUGUAACAGACACACAGUUAACACAGCAGAGUACAGCAUUUUCAGGACCAAUUUUGGAACCAACAGAAGAUGUCACCUGUCAUUUGCCAUCUUAUAUAUAUCAGCUUUACCAGCUACUUCUAAAUUUGUAUAUUAUUUGUAAGGAAAAGAAAGAAAACCCUAAGACUUGUCUAACUUAGUGGAGAAUGUGUGUGUUGGGUUUAGGAUGGAUAGCGAAGUCUUAUUGAGCUGUGUUAUCUAACUUGUAUAUAAAACUGUAAUUAAAAGUUUGGAUUCAUCUGUUUUCUCGUGGUUUACAAUGAUGAGUAAUUUGCAAACUCUGGAAAUGUGACUAGUAUAUGAUUUAAGACUGUAGAAGUGAGGAAGCUCUUCAAGUGCUAAAACUAAAGACUAAUAGUUUUUGGCUCAAAUUCAAUUAAGUACUGUCUGUAUACCAAGAUAUGUGAGCUGUAAAUGUAAUAGGUCACUUUUCACCCUUGUAGCUAUAAAAUAAAAAUUUUGUAGAACAGAAAUAGCUUGUACUACUGAAUUAACAAGUUAUACUAAAGUAUCGUGUUUAAAAAUACACAUAUAUAUACACAGAGUUCAGCUUGUUGCUGUUACCCUGUCUGGAUUUGGAAAGUGUGCUGGUUUUUAUAUAUAUAUAUAGUACAUGUAUAUGUACUAUAUAUAUAUAUAUAUAUAUAAAAACACACACAUAUAUAUAUUAUAUACCCGCACACAUCUAAAAUGGCCUAAAGCAGACAUCCAUGUAAUUACAGUUGCAAAAUGAAGACAUUUUGGAAAGAACAUUGUAUCAUAGUUCAUUCAUUUGCAGUGGAUCUUUGUUCCUUUUUACUGUGGUAAUUUUAGAAAUGAGUGUCAAGUUUGAAAUUAGAUCUGCUACGUUGGGGUUUUGCUGCUUAAACUCUGCACUGGGUCCUCAAAUAAACCGAUGUGAAUGUAGUUUUUUCCCCCUGUGUGAAGGAGCAGCCACACCCCAAUAGAAUAGGAGGAAAAAUCUAGAACUAUUUCAAGUUUUAUCUUUUUGUAUAUGAAAAUAAAAUGAUAAUAAUAAUAAAA